GGUGAGAGGAAGAUGAGUAGUGGUGAAGCUCCUCCCACCGUCACCAUGGCUCUGCUCAACCCCCAGACCCCCUCAGCCUCUGCUGACACCAAACAGUCAUCCACUCAGCAGCUCUCCAUCAGUGUGUGAGUAACUCUGGAGUAAUACACGAGUAACAAAGUACAUACGUAACCUCUGCUGACACCACUCUGUCCUCUACACAGCAGCUAUCCACCAGCGUGUGAGUAACACUGGAGAAACGUAGUAGUAACAUAGUAGUAACUCUGGAGUAAUACAGUAGUAACAUGGUAGUAACAACCUACGCUGAUACAAAGCAGUCCGCCACCUAGCAACUCCAUCAGAGUUUGACUAACACUGGACUAACACUGGAGUAGUAACAUAGUGGUAGCCUUGGAGAAACACUGCAGGAAAACAGUACUAACCAAAGUAGUAACUCCAGAAUGGUGUAGCGUAACACCGGAGUAACAGUAGAGUAACAGCGGAGUAACCGUGGUGCAACACAAUUUUUAGUUGUUGUUGUAUUUUACCCCAUUUUUUUCUCCCCAAUUUCGAUCUUGUCUCAUCGCUGCAACGGGCUCGGGAGGCGAAGGUCGAGUCAUGUGUCCUCGAAACACGACCCGCCAAACCGCGCUUCUUAACACCCGCCCGCACCAAUGUGUCGGAGGAAACACUGUUCACCUGACGACCGAGGUCAGCCUGCAGGCGCCCGGCCCGCCACAAGGAGUCGCUAGAGCGCGAUGAGCCAAGUAAAGCUCCCCCGGCCAAACCCUCCCCUAACCCGGACGACGAUGGGCCAAUUGUGCUCCACCCUAUGGGGCUCCCGAUCACGGCCGGUUGUGAUACAGCCCGGGAUCGAACCCGGGUCUGUAGUGACGACCUCUAGCACUGCGAUGCAGUGCCUUAGACUGCUGCGCCACUCGGGAGGCGCGGUGCAACACUAUUAAUCAUACAGGACCUAGAAAGGUCCUGAGCCACCAUUUUUAAAAACAUGAGAUGAUAUGGAAUUUGUCAUCUAUGUGUGAGAUUGUGGUAACCUAACAUGUAAUCUGUUCUUCAGGUGUGCUGCUCUGUACUCCUACAAGCCCCGUCGUUCUGAGGAACUGGAGCUGAGGAAGGGGGAGAUGGUGGGGGUGUAUGGGAAGUUUAAGGAGGGCUGGCUCCGAGGCCUCUCUCUACGGACGGGCAAAGUGGGCAUCCUGCCCGGCAACUACGUCACACCUGUCCUCAGGUAAGCGGGAGAGCUAUUUCUGACGGUUUUAUUAAGCGGACCGUGAGAAACGAGUGACAAUUGUAAUUUGGAUUGUAAUGUUGUGGUUAAUAUAAUCAUUGGAAGGAUCAGCCUUUCUGUUAGCUGAUGUGGGGUCAUCAGUGACAGUACUUUCCUAAAGUGGUUCCAUCUUUUUGACUUUCAUUUGUGUCAUCGACACCUCAUUUAUUGAUUUUGACACCAAUAUCUAUCUAUUCCCUGCCUGCCACAGAACCUCUGCCAGGCUGUUGGAGUCCAAGGCAGUGACAACAGGCCUUGGUACAGUCCCUGGAAAAAGAACCUCCUCGUCCUCCAAGACCCCAGCGGUGGUCCUAGCUCUCGACAGGGUCAACUCAGAUGGAACUAGCUACUCUACUGGACAACGGGUUCCGCAGCAGUCCGCAUCCAUGGCCACGCAGCCUAUGAUGUCAUCAGGCGGCGCCGCGAGACAGUCCCUGCACGGGGUGGGCUCAGAGGGAUGGGACACAGUGAGGAGGGUCUUCCAUCGUUCACACAGAGGUGAGAGUGAAGGAAGUUUGUAACUCUGUUGGGUUUCCACAGUUCCAUUGUGCUGUAUUCUUAGUCUCAACCAUGUUAUUAUCCUAACAUUAUGCAGUAUUGACCAGUCAGAGAUAGUAAACCUGUAAAGAAGGCUUCUCUAUUGUAGUUUAUAUGUCUGAUCAUCACAAUAUGGAACCAAGAAGUGCAGUGGAAAUUAGAUUGAUUUGAUUUCACAAGGAUCCAUUUUGACUCUCCUCUCAGGCUCAUCUCAGCGGGGAAACCACUACCCCCACACCACCAUCUCAUCCAGCUCAGCCCUUCAAUCCCAGACCCACAGUCAGAGUUCAUCCCAGAGCUCGUCCAAGAACUCACCCCAGUUCGGUAACCACUACCCCCACACCACCAGCGCCACCUCAGGCCUUCAGCCCCAUUCUCAGUCCCAUUCUCACAGCCAGAACUUUAGCCACAUCCAGGCCCCUGGCUACUCCCCUGCUCUGCUCAGGAAGAAACAACACAUGACCAUCCUUCCCAAUCACAACAGAUCUCUGGCCUGGAUGUCUGAGGGACCGGCGCCCUCUAGUGGUGGUUUUAUGAAGGACAGAGACACCGCUGCCAGAGAGGCAUUUGAUAGGCAGGUGUUGGAGACAAGGCAAGCAGCAUCGAAUGGUCAGCACUCCAUCCACUCCAUCCUAGUGAGACCAGAUGCCCUCAAGAACAACACAGAGAAGGUAACACACACACACACCUGCCUUCUAGAUCUUAUUAAGUAGCUUGAAGGGAUAGUUGACUGGCUUCAUGUCUACUUUGACUUCUAUUUCAGUUUGUCUUUAUUGUGAAAUUCUCUCUUACCAUGAACUCUUUCACGUAGCACAUGCUGACUGCCACUGUCUGCUAUAUCCAGCAUCAAUCAUAUUUAUUCUUAUUCCCCUGCUGUAUCAUAAUGUCAACAUUGUUAGUGUAUGUGUUGUAUCCCUCAGCCCACCAAGUCAGUGCGGUUCCUGACCCAGCCUGAUUCCCCUCCACCACGGUCCAGGACCACAUCCCUGCCCUCGGGUAGCCAGCCCCCCUACAGUACCCGGCCUGGUCCACCUCCCCUGGAGGUCUGGGCUCCAUCACUCACCCUGGGGCGAGACGGGCCUGGGAUCAUACUGAAAGAAGGCAAGGCUCCUGUUCUUAGGAAAGGUCUGGAGACAAACCCCUCAGAUGUUCUGACUUCCAAUCAGAAGCCUUCAUCUUUAUCAUCAUCAGCACCAUCAGCGUCAAUACAGUCCAGCAGUCCUAGCAGGUAGGCAGCUGUGAUCUGUGAUGAGAUUAACCAGCACCUCCUCUUUCACAAACUGACCUGCUUUGUGUCUGGCUUCAGGAAGUAGGAUUUCUGUGGCUCACUUGCAUCGCAAGGGUCGGGAGUUCGAUUCCCGCUGGGGCCAACCCAUACGUAAAAUGUAUGCAUGCUUGACUGUAAGUCACUUUGUAUAAAAGCGUCUGCUAAAUGGCAUAUUAUUAUGUUAUGUGUUAGAUAGAAAAUCUCUUUCUUUAUUUAUUCCACUCAUUCCCCUUUCUCUGUCCCCCUCAGACACAGAGUAGCGACAUCCUACCAGGCCCAGACGGAGUCAGAGAUGAGCCUGAUGCAGGGUGAGCCUGUCCUGCUCCACAGACAUCGGCCCGACGGACGGGUUCUGCUCACCCAGGAGAGCAGUGGCCACACGGGCCUCUUCCAUAGCAGUGUUCUACAGUUCUUAGAC